AGAUCCUGACAGCUCAGCAACCUCUGAAGAGCUUGUGGAGUGCACAGCGAUCAUCACAGGCAGGGCCUUGACUCUGCUUCCCCUGGAGAAAGCCUUGAGAAACUGCUUGAAAAAUCAGGCAGACUCCCAUAAAUGAGAAUAUCUUCUAAACUUCAGUAGACCCAUUGUGUGGAAGUACGGGAGGUUAGAGAAGUCAGAGAGGAAUCCAAGCCACUUCUGGAUCCAGGUACUUGGGACAUGACUCCUGCUGUCUUCAUGGCCAUCCUGUGCUUGGAAGUGGCCUUGGCUGCUCCAAUGCCUGAUUAUAAUUUGGAUGCUGAGUGGGAAAAGUGGAAGAGGAUCAAUGAGAGAACAUACAGCCCAGAAGAAGAAAAACAGAGGAGAGCAGUAUGGGAAGAAAAUGUGAAAAUGAUCAAAUGGCACACCAUGGAUAAUGGCCUGUGGAUGAACAACUUCACUGUAGAAAUGAAUGAAUUUGGUGACAUGACUGGUGAAGAAAUAAGAAUGAUGACAGAUAGUUCGUCUCUAACUCUGAGUAAUGAAAAACACAUCCAGAAACGCAACAUCAAAAUUCCCAAAACUUUGGAUUGGAGAAAGGAAGGCUAUGUGACUCCAGUGAGAAACCAGGGAUUAUGUGGUGCAUGUUGGGCUUUCUCUGUGGCUGCUUGCAUAGAAAGUCAGCUGUUCAAGAAAACAGGCAAACUGAUCCCACUGAGUGUACAGAAUUUAAUGGACUGCUCAGCAUCUUAUGGCAACAAAGGCUGUUUGGGAGGCAAACCUUAUAGUGCCUUCCAAUAUGUGAAGAACAAUGGAGGUCUGGAGGCUGAGGCAACCUAUCCAUAUGAAGCAAAGGCACGGCACUGCAGGUACCGUCCUGAACGUUCUGUUGUUAAGGUCACCCGCUUUUUUGUUGUCCCAAGGAAUGAAGAUGCCCUAAUGCAAGCUCUAGUAACUCAUGGGCCCAUCGCUGUUGCAAUUGAUGGUUCACAUGAAUCCUUUAGUAAAUAUCGAGGAGGUAUAUAUCAUGAGCCAAAGUGCAGAAGUAAUGUUCUCGACCAUGGUUUACUAUUGGUUGGCUAUGGCUAUGAAGGCCAUGAGUCAGAGAACAGGAAAUACUGGCUGCUAAAGAACAGCCAUGGUGAAAAAUGGGGAGAAAAAGGCUACAUGAAGCUUCCCAGAGAUCAGAACAACUACUGUGGAAUUGCUUCUUAUGCCAUGUACCCGGUAUUGUGAGCUGCCUGGGUGUGUCAAGGAAGGAAAGAUAUUAAGGCAACAUAUACUUAAGAACUUCAUCCUAUUCAAAAUGACCAGAUUCUGCUGUAUAAAAACAUUGUGCCACUGAACAGCAUGGUAGGAGGUGAAAUCUAUGGUAUUUUUGGUUUAGUAAGACAUGACCAUCACUGUAACGAUGUUUUGAAGUGAUUUGUAUAAUUGACUCCUGUAAUAAUUUGACUUUAAUUUUUUACUGUACCAAUUGCUGUUUUUAAAAAUAAAAGUUAAUUACAAAGUUA